AUGUUGUCAAUAUGCGCUAUUCUUGCAUUGGCGGCAUGCCUGCUCAUCCUCCAGUAUGCGAGGUCCAACUGGAUCCACGCUCGCAUGGCCCGUGACUGGGGAUGCGCUCCUCUGCCUCGUUAUCCAACUGAUGUUCUAGGACUCACUACCUUGAGGGAGUCUAUACAGGCUGAUAAGGAGAAACGUAUUCCCUUGCUCUUACAGCGCCGCCUCGAAAUGAUGUCAGCCCGCGAGAAGCGUCCCGUCACGACCUUCGUCAUCCGCCAGAUGGGCCUUGACAAUAUCUUUACCUGUGAUCAUGCCAAUGUCCAGGCUAUACUGGCCACCAAGUUCAAGGACUUUGAGCUAGGCGCUGGCCGUCGACAUACACUGUAUCCUAUGUUUGGGGUUGGCAUUUUCACGUCCGACGGCGAAACCUGGUCUCGCUCUCGCGCACUCCUCCGACCUCAAUUCACGCGAGACCAGAUUAGCGACCUCGAACUCGAAGAGAAGCACGUUCAGCAAGCGAUGCUCGCCAUGCCCGUCGAUCCUACCACAGGCUGGACCGCUAACACCAACAUCCAAGACAUCAUCUUCCGACUAACCAUCGACUCAGCCACAGAGUUCCUCUUUGGCGAGAGCGCCGGGAGCCAGGCAGAGGCUCUCCGCAACGGGGGCACCCUACCCCCCGACCACUUCUCCGGCGACUUCGACCGCGGCCAGUGGUACGUUGCACAGCGCUCCCGGUUCGAGAAGUUCCACUGGCUCGUCGACAACAGGGAAAGUAGGGCCGUUGUGCAGCGGAUCCACGACUACGUCGAUCGCUUCGUGCACGCUGCACUGGCAGCAUCAGAGGCCGGUGCUGAAAAACAGUCCGAGUCAGACAACUACGUCUUCCUCGAAGCCCUAGCCGCCACAACAAAAGACCCCAUAGAGCUACGCUCCCAACUCCUCAACAUCCUCCUCGCCGGCCGCGACACCACCGCCUCCCUGCUAAGCUGGUCGCUCCUGAUGCUCGCGCGCCACCACGCAGUCUUCGCAAAGCUCCGCGCCACCAUCCUAUCAGCCUUCGGCCCUUACACCACCCGCAAAACCAUCACCUUCACCUCCCUGAAAUCCUGCCGCUACCUCCAGCACUUCCUCGCCGAAGUCCUCCGCCUUUACCCCGCCGUCCCCGUAAACCGGCGCGUCGCAACAACACCCACGUCCCUGCCAUCCGGCGGCGGGCCCACGGGCACGCAACCAAUCUACCUCCGCGCAGGCCAAGUAGUAACGUACAGCCCGUUCAUCACGCACCGCCGGAAAGAUCUGUGGGGCGAAGACGCGGAGACAUUCAAUCCGGACCGCUGGGUUGAUCGCAAGGUUGGCUGGGAGUAUCUGCCGUUCAAUGGGGGUCCGAGGAUGUGCAUCGGGCAGCAGUUUGCGCUUACGGAGGCGGGGUAUGUCCUUGUUCGGCUUUUGCAGAGGUUUGAUGGGAUUGUGGAUUGUUUUCCUGGGAGGGAGGUGAGGUAUGGGCUUACGCUUACCCUUGCGCCGGGGGAUGGGGUUGUUGUGAGGUUGCAUGAGGCGGAGUGA